AUGUCCUCAGCCCUCUCUACACCUCGUCAACCUCGCAUCAAACGAAAACCAGCCCCGUCAAUUGACUUGAAUGAACGGUAUCCUGCUCCAGAUCCAUGUGAUCCCUUCGCACCCCUCUCAGUGCUUAGAAGUAAAAGCUCUGGGACGCCGUUGCAGUGCAACAGCCAGGACAGCUUCCAUCCACCAGUGCUCGGUAUAUACUCGACAGCAGAGCAUUUCGGUGCCAGGCCAUUGAACGCGACGCCAGCACGCGAAGGUCAUUACCGUACACGUUCACAAUCGGUCACUGCGUUUCACACGGCGUCUUCUUCACCAUAUGAUUUCUGGCACCAACAGUCCUUCAUCCUCGAGCCAGAUAUCCUCCCUGCGACGCCUCAGCCCCCUAGUCUCGUUCAAGACGACAGCAGCGGUACCGAAAGCGAACUCGAGUAUCUCCCUGUACACUAUCGCGGUCGUAUCUCGCAAUUCAUAGCCCCACGGAGGCAAACAGAUAGACCGCAGACGGCAGACACUGUUCCCACCAGACUAACUAAAGUCCCAAGCCUUUCGCCGCUGAACCAACCUCCGUCCCCGACCAAGCGUCAACUUAAAGCGAAUUCUACGCUUCUGUUCUCCUCCAAACGGCGACCGCGGACGGCCGAAUCUUCAGCAAGCUCUGAGGCUGAUUUCUUCUAUAAUAAACCUAACCCGCCUUCUGUUCGCGAGAACAAGCGCAGAACUUCGUUCUCACCCCUCGUGAACGUUAUUGUGCCCCCUUCCGCGUCUUCAUCUUAUGUCCACGUAUCUUCCCCCUCGGAGUCUUCGACUUCCUACGACCCACCCUCUUCAUCGACGUCCGGAUACUCUGUGCCGCUUGCUUCUGAUUCCCCUGUUUCUACGACGGAGAGACAUGGCAACGCCGCCGAGUGGGCUCUACCCUCUUCAGCUCAGCUCGAACGCGCCGGCGCACUCAGCGUUGUUGCCCAAAGCGGCGUCCGCGUCCCCUUCUCCUCGAUCUUCGCUGCACAGCGAACUAUAGUCAUAUUCAUCCGUCAUUUCUGGUGUCCUAAUUGCCAGGACUACAUCUCUCAGCUGAAUCGCUCGGUCGACCCAGAUCUUCUCGCGAUAUCUGGUAUGCGAUUGGUGAUCAUCGGAAAUGGCGCCCCGAGUAUGAUUGCGAAGUAUAAGCAGAUGCUGAAUAUUUCGAAUUCAUUCGAGGUAUUCUCGGAUCCGAGCUCGAAGGUGUACGAUGCGUUGCGGAUGGGCGUCGUUGAGAAGGGGACGAAGAGGGAGAGAAGGAGGGGUGAGCCAACAGAGUACGCAAAGAGGGGUGCUGUGGGAGGGUUCGCGGCUGUCGUGUUCAGGGCGCUGAAGGUUGGGCUACCUCUCUGGGAGAAGGGAGGGGACACUAAUCGAUUGGGAGGUGAAUUCGUCUUGGGUCCAGGAAAUACAUGUACGUACGCCCACCGGAUGCAAUCCACCCGAGGACACGUCCCAGUCAUCAACAUCCUAGAGACGUUGGGAGUUAGCGUUCCCGCCCAGGAGACUUAUGUCCCUGAAUUGGACGUAGCACCCACCUCGUGUCUUGGGAGCCCCAAGGAGAUUGCUAUGGCUCGCGCGAGCAUGGAUGUUCGCCCUUCGACCGCUACAGUCUCCAGGCCGUCGAUGUCAUCGUCCUUCUCGCAUUCGAUCAACAGACGUUCGCUUCCUCCUCGUCCCGUCGAAUCCAUCAAUGCGGCCGUUGCAUUCCCCGAUGCUGCACCGUGUGGUGGAGCUGUGUACCAAAGCACGAUAGAAUCUCCGGUUGUUGAUAUUAGGCGAGAAGAAUUGCACGACGCCGUUGUCGUUGCGGAAGCGCUAGAACCGUUCAAGGAUAAGGAUCUUCCUGACGACCCGCGAUCUGCCGUCGAAGUAGCAGAUGUGCAGCCGGAGGCAGAAGCUAACGGGGACGCUAAAUUGGAGUGCAUGGACGGAGAACUAUCUGCCGAUACCGAACAGGAGAAAUGUUCCACCGGCCACGUCGAGGUGCUUCAAAAUGGAACACAAGCAGUCGUGGAAUCCGUGGCUAGGGCAUGCCAGCCUUUCGUAGGGUCGGAGACUUCCCUCCCCGACAUCAAUCCCCAGAUCCCGUCGGCAAGCGGGGACGAUGGUGCUCCCGAGGUUCCACCCAAGGACGAGGAACUUCUACAACCUACAAUCCUAGGACGAGCAGUUUAA